GGAGAUCCAUCGGAGCUCACGAAUCCGAUUACGUGUCUCAAUAACUUGGAUGCCGUUCGCUUGAUCUUAGGAAGCGAGGUCGUGUAUAAACUUUUGAUGAUGGGGUCCAGCAUGUACAGAUGAUGAAUAUAUAAGACUAGACUUGACCCUCGAACUAGAAUCAUUCAUACUCACUCCAAUUAUCACCUUCAUCCCUGCUAAUCUAACAACUACAUUCUUUUUCGAGUAUCUCAUCACAUUCUUUUCGAGCACCAUGCGUCAGUCAAUCGCUUUGGCUGCAGCUGGCGCUGCCACUGUUCAGGCUCUAUCUCUAGCCGAAAUGUGCACAGUUGCAAACGUUCAAGCAGCACUUCCCGCGGAUGGAUCCAUUCCAAAUGUCACCAUGAUCGCGUCAUCUGUUUCUGCAUCCCCUGUCUACAACGCGAGUCUUAGCAGCGGAUUUGCCAAGCGCGAUACAACUACUUACAGCUACUGUAAUGUUACUGCUACUUACACCCACGGCAGUGAUUCCGUCAUUGUUUGGUACGGGUUCCCAGAUCCAUCUAUCUUCGAGAACCGUUUCUAUGUCGUUGGUGGCGGUGGUUACAGUUUGUCAGUAGGUGUCACUGGAGGUCUUGAAUAUGGCGCUGUUACUGGAUGCACUGAUGCCGGUUACGAUGCUUUCACCAACUCUUUAGACGCAGUUGUCCUCAACUCUGACGGUACUCUCAACGAACAAAACAUUAAGAUGUUCUCUUACGAGGCUCUUGGUGAGAUGACUACCAUCGGAAAGGCUAUCACCAAGACUCUUUACAGCAUUGAUAAAAUCUAUACCUACUUCUCUGGCUGCUCUGACGGAGGACGUCAAGGUAUGAGUCAAGUUCAACGUUACGGAGAUUUGUACGACGGUAUCGCCACCGGAGCCCCGGCUUUCAGACAAGCCCAGCAACAAGUUUUGCAUCUCUUCUCCUCUGUCGCCGAAGUUGUUCAAAACUAUUUCCCAACCAAUUGUGCUCUCGAUAAGAUUGUAAACGCUACCAUUGAGGCAUGCGAUCCAUUGGACGGUCGUACUGAUGGGGUUAUCAGUCGUUCUGAUCUCUGUAAGAUUAACUUUAACUUGAGCUCUAUCAUCGGUCAAUCAUAUGCAUGCGCAGCUGAGACUAGCUCUUCUCUCGGUUUUGGUUUUAGCAAACGUCAAGCUGCAGGCUCUACCACCACCAGUUCCCCUGCUCAAAAUGGUACCAUUGACGAGCAGGAUAUCGCCAUUGCCCAGACUAUCUAUGAUGGUCUCUUCACUUCUAGUGGCAAGCGCGCGUAUCUCUCAUUCCAAAUUGGUGCUGAGCUUGAAGAUGCUGUUACUGAGUAUGACAACACCACUGGCGCUUACACCUACGAGAUUCCAAAUACCGGUGGAGUUUUUGUCGCCAAGUUCCUUGAGCAAAUUGAUGAAGACAGUAUUACUACACUCGAGAAUGUAGAUUACGAUACUUUGUUCGAAUGGAUGGAAGAGGGGCUCGCAAAAUUCUUAGACACUCUUCAAACUACCAUGCCGGAUAUUUCCGCUUUCAGAGACAACGGCGCUAAGCUCCUCCAUUAUCACGGAGAAUCUGACCCAUCAGUUCCAGCUGCCUCUUCCGUUCACUACUAUGACUCUGUUCGUACUGUACUUUACCCAAGCCUCGGAUACAAUGAAUCUGUAGCCAAACUCGAUGACUUCUACCGUUUCUUCACAAUUCCAGGAGCUGCUCACUGCAACACCAACUCCCUCCAGCCGGGUCCAUGGCCCAACGAUGUUCUCGCUACUUUGAUUAGCUGGGUCGAAGAUAGCGAUGUUCCAGACCGUCUAAACUCCACUGUUACUGCAGGAUCAAACGAGGGUGAGGUUCAAUUGUUGUGCAAGUGGCCAACUCGCCCACUCUGGACUUCUGAGACUGCAUUCGACUGUGUCUACGAUCAAGCCUCCAUUGAUUCUUGGACUUAUGUCUUUGAUGCUUUUAACCAAACGAUAUAUUAGAUGGUGCAAAAAUGACCUGGAUUGGCUGAUGAAGGAAAUUCGUGAGCUAUCCUCAGUUGAUGUAGAGGACACGAUUGGGUAAUUUGAUGGAGUAAAUUUCUGAGCUUUUAUGUAUAUUUCAUUCUUGUUUGGUUGUAAGAGAAAGAAUAGCCUUUUAAAAAGUAACUUGCCAUAUUUUUCUGUACGAUUAUAACCUCUUUACUCUCCCCCAGAACAAUUUGGACGUAUGUAUAAAUUGUCAAUCGUGAAGACUGCAUCCAAACGCUUAAAUUAAACUCAAGGUCCAGAUUGAAAUAAUGAGAUUGUAAACCUCUGCUA